CAGAUGGGUACAUUGAUAAAAUUAUUAAUAGUUAAUACAGAUUAUGUUUUCGUUCGUCGUGCUUUGAGUGUUGACUCUUGACUGUUGAGUGCCAUAAUGAGUAAUGACUAUACGUUUUAUUCGUUAAUUGUUUUAUAAAUGUAUAAUUAUUAUAUUUUAUUCAUGUGUAGCUCCUGUAAAUAGUAAAAAUUGUCAUAUAAAAAACUUUGAAAGUUUAUAUUCUGUGAUCUUAUCAAUUACACGAAUACCUACCAACGUAUUUCAAUUUUAUUUAUAAAUAAUAAAUUAAGAUGAAUCGAAAAAUUGAUUCUUACUUUAACUCAAAUAACAAAAAAAGUGUAAAAGAUACACAGGAUUAUGUCGAAUCAGAACAAGCUGAAUAUAUCAUUCAAAGUGAUGAUGAAAUAAAUUCAAGUAUAACAUCGAAUUCAAGUACAUGUAGCAGUGACAUCAAUAAUGACAAUAAUGGUCCUGAAAUAAAUCUUGGUGGACUAAAAAUUCAAGAAAAACAUCAAGAAAAGUCUGUAGCUGGUCCAAGUGAUAUUACAAAAUGUGUAAGUGACAAUCCAACUCAACCAAUAUUAAAAAUGUUUCCAAAAACUAAAUUUGGUAAACAAUGGCGACAUUUUCAUAUCGAAUGGUAUAAACAAUAUUCAUGGUUAGAAUAUAGCAUAAUUGAAAAUGCAUCAUAUUGUUUUGCUUGUCGAUUUUUUGCAUCAGAGUCUGAUAAUUCGCCUUUUAUUAAAUCUGGAUUUAAAAACUGGAAAAAUGCCAUAGACAAAGAUUGUGGAAUUAAAGGACAUGACAAAUCAAUUACUCAUAUAACAUGUAUGUCCAAGUGGGACGGUUAUAAGCAAUCAAGGAAAACAACAUCUAUUCAAACACAACUUAAUGUAGCAAAUGAGGCAUUGAUUAGAGAAAAUCGUUAUUACAUAUACAAUAUUGCUGAAAUUUUACUGUUUACUGCCUGCCAAAACAUAGCUCAACGAGGUCAUGAUGAAAGUGAAAGCAGUCUUAACAAAGGAAAUUUUCUUGAACUAUUAGAAUUAUAUGUAAAAAAAGAUAAAAGAUUAAAAAAUAAAAUUGAAAACUUACCAAAAAAUGCCAAAUAUACACAUCAUUCCAUACAAAAUGAAUUACUUUCAAUAAUGAGUCAAAUGGUAUUGCAGUCAAUCUCAAAUGAAUUAAAAGAAU